GAGCUGCACAAAACCCCUGGGGGAGCAGCAAAGGUAGAGGACCCGCUCGCCUGAUCCCUGCCUCGGGGAGACGCCAUGGGCACGCAGGGCGCGGACAGCAGAUUCAUGCUGUGGUUUGCGGCUCAGGCUUUUCAAGUGAAAAACUUCCAGCUGGCUUGUGAGAUCUACGACAGGCAUGUGAAGGAGCAGGAGUCCGGGGAUGUGGACUGGGAAGUGCUGCUCCGCAGGGCUGACUGCUUGGCAUGUGCUGGCAGACUGCAGGAUGCCUGUGAUCUGUAUCAGAGAGCUGCUGCCCAUCGCAAGGUCACUGCCGAUCAGCUGGAGCUUCUUGUAUCGUGUCUGGCGAAAGACGUGAGGAGCAGAGAGGGUCUGCCCCGUCCCCCCACACACAGGUGGGGCAUGCUGAGCUGCAGGGAAUGCCAGGGCAUCCUAUACGAGCCGGUGACUCGCACUUGUGGACAUACGUUCUGUAAGAAGUGCCUGGAGACGUGCGUGGCCACAGAGUGCGCAAUAUGCAAGGAGAUCGAAUGCCCCGAAGACCCCAUCCAACACCACAGGGUCAACGUGCUCCUCUCCAACAUCAUCUGCAAGCGCUUCCCUAUGGAAGUCCAAGCCGAGAGCCUCAGGCAGAAAGCCGGCGAUCUGAUCAAGGAGAGCAGACUGGAAGAAGCGCUGGCAAAAUGCAACGAAGCAAUCGAAUUAGUGUCAAGUAACCAUUUGCUGUACGGUGACCGCUCUAUGAUUCACACCAGCUUAAAGUCGCAUGAAUGUGCUCUGCAAGAUGCGGAAACGGCGUGCCAACUUCAGGCAUAUUGGCUAACAAACCAUAUGAGAAAAGCACACGCGUUGGUGAAUAUGGGAAAACAUGAAGAAGCUUUAAAAGAAUAUCUUUUAUGUGUAGCAAUAGACACAGACAAUAAAACCGCAAAACAGGAAGCUCAAAAGCUCCUGCUUAGUUUUUUAUGUCCAGGGAAUAGUGAAGGAGACUUGUCCACCAUCCAGAAGAUAGUAACACAUCCAAUAAGAUCCAAAGCAAACCUCCUCAGUCCGUUCACCACUCAAGGAGCAUGCAGUGACAUCCAGAGGUUAUACACACAGGUAAACUGGGGAAAUAAGAAAUGCUUGGCAGUUUCCGAGGAUAAGGUUUUCACUGCUUGCAGCCCUGUUAAGAAGGCAUUUCAAAUGGAAUUUCCAGAAGUGACAAAAGGCGCAGUUUGCUCAGAAGAUUCCUCUUUGCUUAUUCCAUCAAAAGCCAACACAUUAAAGAGAAAGCACUGUUCAGAUGAAGCAACUGAGGCCAGGGAUGCUGAUGUGCCAUGCAAGCUAAUGAAAAGAGAUAUACUACCGGCUGAUAAAGCAUACGAUUGUAUCUCUCCAUCCAUUGACCCAUCUGAUCUGGAUUGUCCCCUCUGUAUGAGGCUGUUGUAUGAACCAAUUACCACAAUCUGCGGUCACACAUACUGCUUGAAGUGUCUUGAAAGAAGCCUGGACCAUAGUCCAAACUGUCCCCUAUGCAAGAAGGAUCUAUGCGAGUACUUGAUUCAGAGAAAGUUUUGUAAAACGGACAUCAUAGAAGGUCUAAUAGCUAAUUAUUUCCCGGAUGAGCUGAAAGACAGAAAAACUGUUUAUGAAGAGGAGAUGGCUGAACUUUCAAACCUGAAUAAAAAUGUUCCUAUAUUUGUCUGCACGAUGGCCUUUCCCACCGUUCCAUGUCCAUUGCACAUAUAUGAACCAUGCUAUCGCUUGAUGAUCCGAAGAUGUAUGGAAACUGGUACAAAACAGUUUGGGAUGUGCAUUGGAGACCCCGUGAAAGGAUUUGCAGAUUACGGCUGCAUGUUGGAGAUCCGAAACGUGGAUUUCUUUCUAGAUGGCCGUUCGGUGGUAGACAGUAUUGGAAGGAGAAGGUUUAAAGUUCUACAGCACAGCCAACGUGAUGGUUAUAACACAGCUGACAUUGAAUACAUUGAGGAUCAAAAGGUACAGGGAGAGGAUUAUGCAGAGCUGCUCGCUUUGCAUGAUACAGUUUAUGAUCAAGCGUGUGCUUGGUUUAGUAUUUUAAAGCCAGCACUGAAAAGUCGGAUUCUAAAACACUUUGGUCCUAUGCCUGAGAAGGAGUCUGAUAUCCAGGCAACCCCUAAUGGUCCUGCGUGGUGUUGGUGGAUGGUUGCUGUUCUUCCUCUAGAGAGUAAGGCGCAGCUCCCUUUCCUUGCUAUGACAUCAUUGAAAGAUCGCCUGACAACCAUCAAGCGGGUCUUGCUGCUUCUGCGUACAAGACCCCGAUAAUUCCAUUACACAAGCCUCAUACUCCACGGUGCGCCAUUUUUUCCAUACAUAAGUGUGUCUGUGGCGCACAUCGCAGGGCUCCGUGCCCAGUUUCACUCAUUUACAAUAGAUUAUUUUUUCUCCGCAUUUUGAAUUAUUACUUUUUCAUUGAUUUAUGAAAAUACAGCAAAACAUAUAUUAACUAGAAAUGCCAUAUGCUUUGAAACACAGUGAAUUCAGCACACUUUUGAUACAUUUUGUUAUACAAAACACAGAUUCGUACAGUUCUGUACAUAAUUCUGACCACCAUUUAUGCCUGAUCAGUUUUUUUUUACCACCAUUCUGAUUUCACCAGCUUUUAUGUAUUUGAUUUGUAAAAUGAAGAUACAACGCAAAUUAGUUGUCUUAUUUAUUUUGUAUGUUUAUCUUUUCCUUACUUUUCACUUACCUUAAAGGGAAGAUCUAUUUUAUUGCUUUCAAUAGGUUUUUUUAAUUGUUUAUUGUGAAUUCUAUUUUAUUUAAUUCAGGAAUUUCCUGAAAUAUUUUUUCAUAAAUCUGAAAUCUCCCAAAUCUCAUUUUCGCGUAACAUGUUCCAUUGUACAUUGGAAAAUGUAUAAUUAACUACUGGACCCCAGGCAUACAGUUGGUCACAAAAAAUAUAUUUUCUUUAGGAAAAUGCCAAAAGUAAGUAGAUUACAUCAAACAUUUCAUGCAAUAUACAUACUUGGUAUACAUCACUGUUUUGGAAGGACAAAUAUUUUUUAUAUAUAACUCCAUUAUGUGAGGAACAGGUGCCAGCAAAGACAUUUUGUAUACGG